UACGUCAGUGCUGACGCCGCCGGCGCUCGUCGCCAAUCCGCGCGCGGCGGCCGCGCUCAAAUCUUGCAGGCGCUGCGUGGCGGGAGCGCGCGCGGCGCUGAGGCGGCGGCGCUGAGGCGGGGGGCGGCGGCGCGCGCGCGGCGCUGAGGCGAGGGGCUGAGGCGACGGCGGCGGCAGCGAUGCUGGUGACGCCCAGCAGAAGCGGCGCGGGCGCCGGCCGCCGGGGCGCGAUGCCCUUCCAGUCGGUGCCGCUGAGCAGCAUCCCCGCGGGCACGCUGACGCCGCUCAAGGACCUCCUGAGGGGCCGCGCCGCGGCGGCGGCCGAGCCCCAGCCCCAGCGCCGCGACGGGUGGCCGCCGCCCGACGGCGUCUUCCAGUCCACGCUGCUGCCGGGCGGGGGCGGCGGGGGCGGCGCGGACCUGCUGGAGCUCAGCGAGAUCUGGGGCGGCGCCGGGCCCGAGCCGCCGCGGGACGCGGCGCCGCUGAAGCGUCGGGCGGCCGAGCCGCCGGCCCACGAGUGCCCGGCCAAGGUGCCGCAGCGCCCGCGGGCGCAGGACCUCAUCCUGACGCCGGCUGCGGACCUCGCGGCGCGGCGGCCCGGCGGGGCGCCCGGGGGACGCGGCCGGCCGCAGCCAGAACUACCUUGCACCCAGAUUCCUCAAAACAGAGUGGUGAAAUUGGUAGCAGCAGACCCUCUUGUACUGGAAUCUCCUCAGAAGUUCUUCUUGCGCAUGAAACAGAAGCUGCAGCAGCAGAAAGAUCCAACAUUUUCAUACUCAGUCAAGGAAAAUGUUCCUCCUUCCAAAGCUGCAGAAAAGCCAUUAGUCAAAUCUACUUUUACUGAGCAGCUCAGCAAUGCUAAUACAGAAUACGUGGCCACGGAUAAGGACAAUCAGGAUAAUUUGCUCAUGGAAUCAGUUGAUGCUGAUGAUGAAUUGUCUCAAAAUACAAUGACUAAUACUGUGAAUGGAAAUUCCCCCACUUCUGAAAGUGGGGAUCCGUUAGAAGAAAGGUGUGGACGGGGAGAAACAAAAUGUACUAACUUUCAUCAAGAAAGAAGACAAUUGCGGCCAAGUAAUCAACAAGCUGCUCGUGGAGUAGAAAAGAUACUGGAAACUAAUUCUCAAAAACCCUCACAGUGCUUAUGUAGUAUUAUGCUCUCUUCUCCUAAAGUCCACAUACCAAGAAAGCAAAAACCAAUGGAAGGCUCUAAGGUCUCUCUGGAUAAACCUCAUACAGAUGCAACAGCUGGCAAGGGAAACAAAGAGAAAAAGAUCUGCCUAACCAGUUGGAGAAUUAAAGUGAUCAGUGGUAACACUGCAGUAUGCGUUGAAGGAAAACGAGAAGAUAUGAAAGAUCUGUUUUGGCAUAGUAAUGCAAUUGUAGAACGUAUAGCGCACAACCAAGUUAAAACGUCAUCUGGCAGUAUCUACUUACUACAAGGAAAGAUAGAUUCUGCUUCAAUGAGAAAAGAAGGAUUGCCAUAUCGCUUUGUCAAAAGAUUUAUGUAUGGUUUUUCCAAAAAGUGGAAGGAAUAUGUUGAGGAUUUGCUUGAGGGAAUACGACGGAAAGAACGUAAGCAAAAUAACGAUGAGGAUGAAAAUGAAGAGGCUGAAAAUGACUCGGUGGAUACGAAUGUGUUGAAAAAUGCAGAAGAUGCAGCAGGAGCCCGAAAGAAAUCUGAAACUAGAAACACAACUUAUGAAGUAUUACCAAAGAAUGAUAAAACCAGUUAUACCACACCAAAGCACAGUUCUGUAUCAAAUGAGCAGAACAGAAUUUACACUCGUAGUGGUCGUCUUGUUAAACCACCAUUAAAUUUCUGGUGUGGACAACGUGAAUUCGUUGAUCAGAAGCUAAACGUUACUAUAGAAGAAGGUGGAAUAGAUUAUUUGAGCAUGAUGUACAGUAGUCAACGAUCCAGAAGAAAAAACAGUUCCUUCUCUCAGAAGAACAACAGAAAGGAAUCAAUGAAGACUGGGGAAGAAAAAACAAAAAGCCAAAAUAAAGGGAAAAACAAUGAAAAAAGAGUAAGCUCCAGAAAAGAAACCAAGUCCACUGGAAGCAAGGGGGCCAGACACUAUAUUUCAGAAGAUGACGAAAGCAAUAGUGCAGCUAAUAUUAAUAAAGUUAAGGCACAGGUUUCUGUUAAGUUGACUCCCUUAAAUACUGAAAGACUAAGCAACCAAAAAUAUAAUAUCAGAACCACAGGAACGGGAAAGGAAAAGAAAGGGAGAGAAUGUGGAGAACUGACUAUGUGUAAGCAGUCUUGCAAGUACUCUUUAAGGUCAGCUCAACAACUGUUUCAGAACAAGAAUUCAAUGGAAGAAUCGUCGAGCGAAGAUGAAGAAGAGGAAUCCAGUGAAGAUAUCCCACUGUCUAUCAAAAGGAUAACUAAACCUUUAUUGCAAAGGGAGACUCAAAAUUUCAAACCUUGCUCUGACAUAGGAAGAUCACAGGAGGAUGCAAACAAGGUGUUAAGUGAACAAAGGACAGUAAAACACUCUACUGCCUCCCAUAACGUGCAGUUACGGUUAAGUGUGCCUGAAUGUAACGAUGGCUCUUCGGACUUGCUUACAGAGAAAACACCUUCUACUGGGUCUAGCAGUUCUUCCCUCUCUGGAAGGGCAAUGAGGACACGAAGCAGAAUCAACCCUCCAAAGUAUGUGUUUGAACCUGAAAGUGAGCUUGAAACAAGUGAAGAGAGAUUUCAAGUAAAAGAAAAGAAAUCAAAAGUAUCUGGCAAAAAACCAAAUUGUACAAUUGCUAAUACUGGCAAAUCUUCAGCAGCAAAAUCAAGAGAAACUGAGAGAGCAAAGGUCCAGAAAUCUCUAGAAUUUUUUCCAAGGACCACUGAUGAUUGGACUGAAAAGGAAUUACAGAAGCUAUCCAGGGCUGUCGCUGCGUUUCCGAAGCACAAGAACGGUUUCUGGGUGGAGGUAGCAAUGGCCGUGGGGUCGCGCUCAGCUGAAGAAUGCCACCAGAAAUACGUGGAGGAGCAACAGGCAAAAGGUUCCAAAACGUGUGCCACAAGGAAGCCCGCUCCAGGAAAACCAGAAGAGAAAGAUAAGAAAGAACCAGUUAUGGUAACUGCUAAAGUGGGAACCUUCAAAAGAAAGCAGCAGAUGAGAGAUUUCCUGGACCACAUGCCAAAGGACAACCAUGAUGAUAUUUUCACAGCAACACCCUUUCAAAAUAGAAGAGUAAAGUUGCCAACAUUCCGGGGAAGCCAAGAUGAUGAUGAUGAUGACUUUGCACUUACGGACAACAACCCGCUCACACCUUCCUCGGCUCUCUUCCCGCUGGUGAAGACCCCUCAGUGUGAUCAUAUCAGCCCUGGUAUGCUGGGAUCUAUCAACAGGAAUGAUUAUGACAGGCACGUGUUCAGGAUGCAGAAGAACACACAGGGCAGCAAAGGUACCUGGGAUAACAUCAGGAAGAAAUCGGCUGGAGCUGUAUUUGCCACACCGGCUUCCUGCAGAGCCACCAAGUUCACUUUUGAUAAAAAAGUGCAGCACGACUCCGCUGUAGGGCAGCUCUUUGUACCCAAGGCAGCAGAUUCAUCAGAAGAAGAGGAGGAAGAUUCCUAUUUUUCUGCUUAAUCAAAUUCCUUGAUUUUAGUAGUUCUACAGCUGUACAGCCUCUCUCACAAAACAAAGUUAAAGUGAAGGCCUUGAGCCACCCCGCUGACCUGGUGUUCUUAUGGUCUUACGUUAGUUCGGUUUGGACAUCUUGGUCUGCAGCGUUUUUAUGGUGUUAGAAUACAUUGUAUGCAUUCUAGUCUUACUUGCCCUGUCAGCCAUGAUGUUUGUAAUCUUUCAUGUGCCCUAAAUGGAACUUUCUUUCCUGUGCUCAUUAUUUCCUGGGGCAAGGCAAAAAUGUAUCCAUAUACCAAUUACUGGCAAAGUUUUUGAUUGUUUCAUUUUAAGGUAAAAUAACUUUUAGAAAUACUGCUGUACAAUAAAUGUAUAAUAGUACAGUUUGUAACUAA